CAUCACUUGUAGCACAAUAACAUUUCUCGCAAUUGAAGUUGGCUGAACACAAAAAUGAUUGAAAAAACUAAAAUCGGACCAUUUCGCACUGAAAAGAUUGCUCCGGAAGGUGGUUUUGGCUAUUUGGUUGCGCUCGGAUUGGCUGUAACAGCUGCUUUUUAUUUGGGUCUCUUUGCAACGUUUGGAUUGCUUUUUAAUGAUUUUUUGAUAAGUGUGGGUGCUGGCACAUCUUCUGUAACUCUAAUUCUUGGGGUUUUUAAACUUUGUUCGAGCUUCAUGGGUCUAUUGGUGGGAGCUUUAAUAAAAAAAUUUACAUUGCGACCGGUUGGAUUAUUUGGAGCGGUCGUUUACGUUGCGGGCAGUAUAAGUGUAAUAUUUGCAACUUCUGUUACGCAUUUAAUUAUUUCAAUUGGGAUUUUACAAGGCUCAGGCAUGGGAUUGAUGAUUCCUGUUGUAUAUGGAACCUUCAAUCAAUACUUUGUGAAAAAGCGCAUCUUUGUCAUGAGUGUGACGCAAAUUGUUAAGGGCGCCCUGGUAACGGUUCAACCAAUUCUCGUACAAUAUUUAAUGGAAAAAUACGGCUUUCGUGGCACACUAGCUGUACUCGCUUUAAUGCAAGGACAUGUAAUUAUUGCAUUGUAUCUUAUGCAACCUGUUGAAUGGCACUACAGGCGCACUCAAGUUCCAAUUGAAGCAUCAGAAUCUUUUAUCAAUUCAGACAAGAAAGACGUCGAAAUUGAUGUAGUUUCGAAAACAGAAUUAGAUAAAAUAAACGAAGAAGAUGACAAUGAAAUGAUGCCAAUAAAAUCUGAACGAAGUAUAUCAUAUGUAUUACCGCAGGAUCUGAACGAUUUCAAUUCAAUUCAAAAGCGCGUUUCAAGUAUCAUGAGUCUGGGCGAUGUGAGGGGUGUGUUUGUUUUGGAGGAAAAGUUGGCCAAAAAAGGAAUUUGGCAAAAAAUCGUUAAAUUACUUGAUUUGAACCUGUUGAAUGAUUUCAUUUAUCUCAAUGUUGUUAUCGCUAUCACGAUGUCAUGGUAUGUAGACAAUACACUGUUUGCAUUGUUGCCGAUGUAUUUAUUUGAAUUAGGAUUUUCAAAGAAUGACGCGGCAAAAAUUCUCUCAUUUGGAUCUGGUGCCGAUUUAUGUUCUCGUAUUUUUCUGGCUAUUGUCAGCUACUGGAUUGAAUUGAGGGCACGCUAUAUCUUUUUAACUGCAGCAAUAGUCAUAGUUUUCGUGAGAAUUGGUUUAAUGUAUGUCUUUGAUUUUUACGGAAUUGGCAUCGUAGUGGUGGUAAUUGGGUUUUUGCGCGCUUGGUUUUUUGUAACACCUCCAUUAAUUAUCGCCGAACUAUUAGAAUCAGAGAAAUUUGCAGCUGGUCUGGGCUUAUUCCUUUUUAUUGAAGGAAAUCUUGCUUUUCUCCUGUCACCCUUAACGGGAUGGAUCCGUGAUACAACCAAAUCGUAUCCCAUAUGUUUUAAUACACUUACGUUGAUUUUUGGUUUGUGUACAGUGUCGUGGAUAGGAGAAAUGAUAUGGUUCCGAUUUUUCGCUCAAAAAACAAAAAGAGUUGAACAACAACCAUAAAAGAAUUUUUAUGUUGAUUUAUUUACUUGAUUAUUUUAAUCUAUUUUGACAAUGUAGGUGCAAAAUAAAUAAAAAUAUGCAUAUCAUUACCAUAAAUAUAAAUAGAUAAGAUAUAUACAACUCUUAA